GGUGUAUUGGAGUCACGAGAGUACAACAAGGACAGCGAUCUGCAAGGCUUUUGGCUGAGCAGAGAUGAAAUAGUGAAUAACGGAGCAAAAGGACAAACAGGAACUAUAUGGAAUUGGCAUGUGAUAGCAAACAGUGCAGAAGAAAGCACCUUAUUGACUCACGGAAAGAUGCAAAAGGAGAUUAAAAAACUACAAGAGAAGUUGAAAAGGGAAGAAAAGCGAAAAGAAGAGAUGGAAAAUUUGCCUGAGAAAGAAAAGGCUGGAAAUAAAUAUAUAAAAAAGAUGGAAACAUUAAAGGAUCAGAUAAGUGGAUCUAAAAAACAAAUAUGUGAUCUAACUGAUGAGCUAAAUAGAAAACCCGACAUACGUACAGAGUUUAUUGUGUUCUGCAAUGUAAAUAAGAGCAAAUCCAAUCUGAGUGCACACAAUGAGUUACUUAGUAUUUUGAUCAGUAAUUAUAGAAUCUGUAAGCAUCCAUCUACCACAACCUAA